AAGCGAGGGAAAAGAUCUUACAGUCUUAAAACACUCCAAUUUUGAGUAAUUGGCAUACUUAUAUAACACCAUGUCUUUCUCUAACCUUGUCUCUGAUAUUGCCCUGAGAGAUGCCCACCCUGAUGAUCGCAGUUCACAGAUUUCCCACGCGCGAUCACAGGUCACUGCUCGGUCAUACACCAGCACAACAGCAACAAGCGUUAGCAUCUCAGGUGAUAUUUCAAGCCAGCUUCAUGCCGGAUAUAGUCAUCCAUUGAGUCGGUCAUGGCAGGCCGAAAGACAAUUAACUAAGGAAAUGCUAAUAUUCCCGCUCUUCAUUACUGAUAACCCUAAUGAAGAAACCCCAAUUCCGUCCCUUCCCAAUCAAUAUCGCCGUGGGUUGAACCGCCUUGUUCCGUUUCUCGCUCCGCUCGUCCAGAAAGGGCUACGCUCAGUUAUUCUGUUUGGUGUCCCAUUGCAUCCUUCUGCUAAAGACGCACUGGGCACUGCUGCCGAUGACCCGGCUGGCCCAGUCAUCCAGGCUAUACGACUUUUGCGGUCAAGGUUCCCAAAACUUUACAUUGUGGCCGAUGUCUGUUUGUGCGAGUACACGUCACACGGGCAUUGCGGUAUUCUUCGAGAGGAUGGCACUCUGGACAAUGCUCAGUCUGUCGAUAGAGUUUCGGAUGUCGCUCUCGCGUAUGCUACAGCUGGAGCACAUUGUGUAGCUCCGUCGGAUAUGAAUGAUGGUAGAGUACGCGCCAUCAAACUCAAAUUGAUUGAAGCCGGCCUCGCCCAUCGUGUGCUUUUAAUGUCUUACAGCGCAAAAUUCAGUGGCUGUCUAUAUGGCCCUUUCCGUGACGCUGCUGGCUCAUGCCCGUCCUUUGGCGAUCGAAAAUGCUACCAGCUGCCGCCAGGUGGUCGUGGUCUUGCUCGCCGUGCGAUACAACGAGAUGUUGCGGAGGGUGCAGAUAUCAUUAUGGUAAAACCCGCAAGUAGCUACUUGGAUAUUAUCCGAGAUGCAAGGGAACUAGCGAAAGAUAUGCCGGUUGCUGCCUAUCAAGUGAGUGGCGAAUAUGCAAUGAUUCAUGCCGCAGCCAAAGCUGGUGUUUUUGAUCUGAAAGCUAUGGCUUUCGAAAGCACAGAAGGCAUUCUAAGGGCUGGUGCGGGAAUCGUAGUGAGCUAUUUUGUACCUGAGUUUCUUGACUGGCUUUCUUAGUCUGUUUAUUCUGCGUGUGUGCGUUCUACUUGUCCUAUUGCUCUAUUUUAUGAUUUAAAGUAGAAUAUAGUACAAUGCAAUGAUCAACUUUUUUG